AUGGCAUCGCUAAUGGAGUCCGCACUUACAAACCCACUGUUCCCAAAAACUCAGUCAGUUCAAUCACCUCACAAUCUCGGAUUAGUUCAAAAAUUCCCUUCAAACCCCAAUUCAGUCCUUGUUCUUCACUCUUCCUCAAAUUACUCCGGUGUGUGCAUGUGCUUUGUUGAUGAAACAGUCAAACCAUUGCCACCGCCCUCCCAAAACCCCGACCUCAUUUCCGACACUGACCCAGUUUCAACCACAGAGCACCGGAGAGUGGUGCGGCUGGCCUGGGAGAAGCUGGUCCGGUGGUCACGUUCUUGGCAGUCCAAGGUUGCCACGAACGACGUCCUUGGCCGCACUAACAAAGUGGUUGUGCUUGGAGGGGGAUCUUUUGGGACGGCAAUGGCUGCUCAUGUUGCUAAUAGAAAGGCUCAGCUAGAAGUUAGCAUGCUUGUGCGAGAUCCUCAAAUAUGUCAGUCUAUUAACGAAAAGCACUGUAACUGUAAGUAUUUCCCAGAACACAUACUGCCAGAAAAUGUGACUGCAACAGCUGAUGCCAAAGCUGCUCUGCUGGGUGCAGAUUUUUGCCUCCAUGCCAUACCUGUCCAGGUGAAACGCACUUGUGGCCUAACACAGCCAUAUAUUGUGCUAUCAGGACCUUCAUGUGCAUUGGAACUGAUGAAUGAAUUGCCAUCAGCAAUGGUCGUGGCAUCAAAGGACAAACAAAUGGCAAAUGCAGUUCAGCAACUUCUAGCUUCUAAAAAUCUGAGAAUCAGCACAUCAAGUGAUGUUACUGGGGUGGAAAUUGCGGGUGCUUUAAAGAAUGUACUUGCAAUAGCAGCAGGAAUUGUGGAAGGAAUGAACCUUGGUAACAAUUCCAUGGCAGCUCUGGUUGCACAAGUACAUUGGUACAUUAGGAGACAUUUGUGCUACAAUGUAGUUUUGGAUUAUAAUAUUCGUAUGGAAAUUGAAUACCUUAUUCUGGGUGUCUUUUUUCCCCCAAUGAAGAUGGGUGCAAAGUGGGCUACAAUGACUGGCUUAGCAGGAUAUGGAGACAUUAGGCUCACAUGUUUUGUGAAUCUUUCAAGAAACAGAACAGUUGGAGUGGCUGAAGGUGUAUCAACGGCAAAAGCUGUGAUUGCUUUGGCGGAGAAAUACAACGUUAAAAUGCCAGUCUUGACGGCAGUUGCUCACAUCAUUGACAAUGAGUUGACCCCUAAGAAAGCUGUCUAUGAGUUGAUGAACCUUCCUCAGCUUAAUCUCAAGAUUAAGGCCUUAAUCCAACAAGGACACUAUUCAGAAGCCCUUGAAUCAUACACUAGAGAACCUCAAUCUCCUCUAAUUGCCACCAAAUUUACCUUCCCUUCUCUUCUCAAAGCCUGUGCGUCGCUUUCAAAUUCUUGCUACGGUAAAAUAAUUCAUGCCACAAUCAUACAAACGGGCUUACAAUUUGAUCCAUUCGUCGCCGCCUCGCUGAUCAACAUGUACGUAAAAUGUGGGUCGCUGGAGAACGCAGUCCAACUGUUUGAAAAUGUGCCUGAUGGUGAAGAAUUGGCGCGAGAUGUCACAUUUCGGAACUCUAUGAUUGAUGGGUAUUUUAAAUAUGGCCUUGUUGACGAGGGGAUUGCUCAAUUUCGCCGAAUGCAACCAUUGGGUGUUAAACCUGAUGGGUAUUCUCUUUGUAUUCUUCUCAGAGUGUGUGAUGCUAUUUUGGGUUCUUUGGAAGGAAAACAAAUUCAUGGUUACAUUGUUAGAAACUUGCGUGAUGGUGACCCUUUUGUGGUGACUGCACUAAUUGAUAUGUAUUCGAAUUGUGGCAGACCAAUGGAUGCUUUGCGAGUUUUUGAGAAUUCAACUGAUAGGAACAACAUUGUAGUAUGGAAUGCGAUUAUUGGAAGGCUAAGUGAGGAUGGGUUUUGGGAGCAUAGUUUAGAAUUGUACUCAUUUGCUAAGGAUGAAGACUGCAGACUUGUGUCCACAACGUUUUCUGGUGUGCUUACUGCUUGCUCUCUGGGAGAAGAUGUGAAAUUUGGAAGGCGGGUUCAUUGUGAUGUGAUCAAGAUGGGUUUUCAGAAUGACCCAUAUGUUUGUACUUCUCUCCUGACCAUGUAUGGCAAGUCCAGAUAUGUUGAAGAUGCAAAAAAAGUUUUUGAUUCAGUGCUAGAUAAAGAAAUUGCACUAUGGAAUGCUUUGAUCUCGGCUUAUAUAUGUAAUGGCUGUGCUUAUGAUGCUUUGGAUGUUUACACUCAGAUGAGUUUAGGAGAGAUUCCAUUUGAUUCUUUCACAAUAUCUAAUCUGUUAGUCACUUGUACUAUGAGUGGAUUAUAUGAUCUUGGUAGGACACUUCAUGGGGAACUGAUCAAAAGAUCAAUAGAUAGUAAUGUUGCUGUGCAGAGUGCUCUGUUGACAAUGUACUCGAAAUGUGGCCAUGUGGAGGAUGCCAAUGUACUUUUUGGUACGAUGAAGGGAAAGGAUUUGGUGGCAUGGGGCUCCAUGAUAUCAGGGUUUUGCCAAAAUAGGAAGUUCAAGGAAGCGUUGGAUCUAUUUAGGACAAUGCAGGUUGAUGGACUGAAACCAGAUUCUGACAUUAUGGCAAGUAUAAUAAAUUCUUGUGAAGGACUAGAGUGCAUAGAGAUGGGCUGGGUAGUUCAUGGACUUGUAAUAAAGAGUGGUUUUGGAUUAGAUUCUUUUGUGUCCAGUUCACUCAUAGAUAUGUAUUCCAAUUAUGGAUCGGUAGAGAUGGCCGCAAAUGUAUUUUUUCACUUGCUACAGAAGAAUUUGGUGGUUUGGAAUUCUAUGAUUUCCUGCUACUGCCAGAAUGGCCUCCCAGGGCUUUCAAUUUGUCUUCUUCCUCAAAUUGUACAGCACAGCCUACGUCCAGACAUUGUUUCCAUCACCAGUGUCCUUGUUGCAGUUUCAUCAAUGGCAGCAUUACUUAAAGGAAAGACUAUACAUGGAUACCAAAUUAGACUCGAGAUUUCUGCUGAUAUUCAAGUGGAAAAUGCUUUUAUCGAUAUGUAUAUCAAGUGUGGAUGCUUAAAAUAUGCACAUUAUAUCUUCCAAAACAUGCCUAGAAGAAACCUAGUGUCAUGGAAUUCAAUGAUUGCUGGUUUUGGAUCUCAUGGUGAGUGUCUAAAAGCAAUAAAUUUAUUCGACGAGAUGAGAGGAUCAGAUAUCAAACCUGACGAUGUAACAUUCCUUUCCCUGAUUUCAUCUUGCAACCACUCUGGUUUAAUCGAAGAAGGUCUCUAUCUGUUUCAGCUGAUGAAACUGUACAGAAUUGAGCCUGGAAUGGAGCAUUAUGUAAAUGUAGUGGAUCUCCUGGGCCGCGCUGGAUGCUUGAGUGAUGCUUACAGUGUCAUACAGAGCAUGCCCAUUGAACCUGACAGAACUGUGUGGUUAUCUUUGUUGUCUGCAUGUCGAGUGCAUCACAAUAUAGAACUUGGAGAACUUGCUGCCCAUGACCUACUAAAGAUGGACCCGGCCAGAGGCAGCAAUUAUGCUCAAGUGUUGAAUUUGUAUGAAGAAGCAGGAUUAAGGGACAGGGCAGCAAACUUGAGAGCAUCAAUGAGGCAGAAAGGGUUGAAGAAGAACCCCGGAUGUAGUUGGAUUGAGGUGGGAAAUAAGGUUGAUAUUUUCUUCUCAAGAGAUUCGUCCCCCCAAGGACAGUCGAGAUCUAUGAUACACUCAGCAGUCUUCGGAGCAACAUGCAAAGGAGAGGAGGUUAUCAUGAAGAUAUUGAGGCAUUCUGAGACCCAUAAGAAUGAGGAAUUUGUUUCUUCAAUUCAAGCUAAAAGACUAGUUUCCUUGGCUUCACUCAUGACUUUUAUUAGGAUCAUAAGGUUGUAUACAUCUAACAUCCAUACACUCCUCAAAUGGUAA